GCAGGGCCUGUGGCAGAGCCAGGGCUGAGCAGUGAGCACCCCCGGCACAUUGGAAAGUUGGCGCCUGGAACUCCAGCCCCGGUGUCGGUGCCUAUACAGGGAGCCGCAUAUUAACUUCUGAAGAGCCACACGGGGCUCUGGAGCCACAGGUUGGCCACCCCGUCCUACAUCAUCUCCUCCUUACCUCGGUCAGUGCUGUUCACAUCUUCCAGGUGUCCCAGAAAUUCCUAGUUUACAAGAAUCCAUGCCUCCCCCCCUUCCCAAAGGGGUGUUCUUGAAGAUACUGUCAUGAAACAUUUGGCUCAUAACACAAUAUUGUAGAUUUAACAUCAGUUCAUUGCAUUCCCCUCUAGGCUUGGGCUCUGGCCCUGACAUCUCUGUGGAGGGACAUCAGGACGGAGGGAUCAAGGUGGUGUGUCGUUCAUCCAGAUGGUACCCACAGCCCGAGGCUCAGUGGAGAGAUCUUCAGGGGCAGUUCUUACCAUCAGCCUCUGAAAACAUCCCAAGCAGCCGGUGGCCUGUUUCAAACAGAGAUUGCCAUUGUUAUAACAGAAGAGUCCAACCAGAAAGUGUCCUGCUGUGUUAGGAACCCGCGUGUCAACCAGGAGAGAGAGUCAGCAAUUUACAUAGCAGAUCUCUUUUUUCCACGGGUCUCUCCCUGGGUGGUGGCUCUGGUAGUGAUCCUGGCUCUUGUGAUUGCCCUGGCCAUCUACUGCAUCUGGACACAACGCAGAGCAAAAGAGACCCUGCAAACUCAUAUGAAGAAUCAGAAGGGGAUUCUGCUAACUGAAAUGGAGCGUGAGAAUGAGAGACUGCAAUCUGAACUGGCGAAACAGAAAGAUCUUGAGAUAAAGAUUCAAAUAAAAGCAAGCAAAAGGAUUAUAAUAUGGAGAUAUACCUCUCUCAUAAAACUGGAAGGAUGUUGAAAGAAAAACACCUUUCAGAGAAAGUGGAACAUGAGGCAAUGGCAGAACAAACACGUGACAUAACCCAAAGAUUCACAGCCAAACUCCAGGCUGAGAUCGUUACAGGGUGGAGAAGCGCACAGCUCUACGCAGUGGAUGUGACUCUGGAUCCCAGCACAGCAAAUCCCUACCUCGUCCUGGCUGAGGAUCGGAAACGUGUGACACACCGAGACGAGCGCCAGGAUCUGCCUGACAAUCCGGAGAGAUUUGAUACUAUGGCGGUUGUCCUGGGCGCUGAGGGAUUCACGGGCAGGAGACGUUACUGGGAGGUGGAGGUUGGAGAAAAGAAUCUCUGGACUCUGGGGGUCUGUAGGGAAGAUGGGCGCAGGAAGGGGCAUAUUCUAUUUCUACUGAAGAAUGGAUACUGGACAAUAUGGCAGCAUGCUGGGCAAUGCGAGGCCAAUGCCUCCCCCCCGACCUUGCUGUCCGUGAGCGUCAGGCCCAGACGAGUGGGGAUUUUCCUGGACUAUGAGGCGGGCGAGGUCUCCUUUUACAAUGUGACUGACAAGUCCCAUCUCUUCACUUUCACUGACACCUUCUCUGGGGUUCUCUGCCCUUAUUUCAACCCUGAAAACAAUAAAGGGGGCACAAAUAUGUGUCCCCUGAUAAUCUGCCCAGUCCCAGCUCAGGCUGGAGAGAGUCUCUGUCCCGGACAGUGAAACCCGCAGCAGAGACUGUCCCCUCCCAGCACUGACCAGCCCCCAGGCGUUUCUCCUGCCAUCCCUCCCCUCUCAGUUCCCAGCAUCAGGAAUAUUGGCAACCAAGCAGCCCUAGAUGGGGGAGCUGGCUGCAGGGGCAGAGGGGUGUGUGGGUGCUGUGCCCAAGAGUGGGGAGGAGGCUGCAGCAGCAGGGAGGGAAAAGCCCAGUUUACAAGAUGUACAGGGUGGGGGAGAUGAGAGAGGUCUAUAAAAUCAUGACUGGUGUAGAGAAAGUAGAUACAGAAGUGGUGUUUACUACUUCUUCUAACACAAGAACUAGGGGUCACCAAAUCAAAUGAAGAGGCAGCAGGUUUAAAACAAACCAAAGGCAGUAUUUCUUCAUACAACGCAC